UUUUCGAGUUUGUGUGAAAAGCCUACGUCCAAAAUUUAAAAGAAAACAUAACGAGUUACAAAAGUGUGACGACAUAGACCUUUGUGAAACAAUAGAAGAGGUGCUACACAGUCUGACAAUGAGAUGACCAAAAUAUAACAUGAAGAAACUGUUCCCUUUCAAAAUUGAUUCAGCGGGGACUCAGAACCCUUAUAUUGGCAAGGUUUUCACAGUAGGGAGGUUUACAGUUACAGUAGAGGAUGUCAUAGCAGAGGGUGGCUUUGCAAUUGUAUUCCUGGUGAAGGCACAGAAUGGAAAUCAUUAUGCACUCAAAAGAUUGUUUGUAAACAAUGAUCAUGAUCUGACUGUCUGCAAAAGAGAGAUUCAUAUAGCAAAAACUCUCAGUGGUCAUAAGAACAUCAUAAGCUAUGUGGACUCAAGCAUUUCUAUGGCACCAAACAAAGUAUAUGAGGUGAUGCUGUUAAUGCAGUACUGCAGAGAUCAUGUGAUACAACAGAUGAAUGAAAAAAUCAACUCAGGCUUCUCAGAAAAAGAGGUUCUUAGGAUAUUCUGUGAUGUAUGCGAGGCAGUGGCUAGGUUACAUCACUGUCAGACCCCCAUAAUACACCGAGAUUUAAAGGUUGAGAACAUUUUGGUGUCUGACAGUGGACAUUAUGUACUCUGUGACUUUGGGAGUGCUACUGCUAAAGCUGUCUUACCUGGUCAACAAAAUGUCCAGCAGAUAGAAGAAGAAAUCAGAAAGUAUACCACAGUUUCCUACAGAGCUCCAGAAAUGGUAGAUUUGUAUGGAGGAAAACCAAUCACCACAAAAAGUGAUAUCUGGGCACUUGGUUGUUUGCUCUACAAGUUGUGUUUCUUCACUUUACCAUUUGGUGAGAGUACAUUAGCUGUCCAGAGUGGAAACUUCACCAUCCCUGAUGAUUCACGAUACUCAAAGAUGAUGCAUUCUCUUAUCGGAUACAUACUGGAGGUUGAUCCAGAGAAGCGACCAGAUAUUUAUCAGGUGUCGUGGCUGGCAUUUAGUAUGUCUCACAGAGACUGCCCUGUCCCUAACAUGAAUGGUGCCCCUUUGCCAGAUCUGAGCAGAUUACCGGUACCUCUAACAGAAUCAGAAUCUAGACAAGUCAAAACUUCAUCUUCAAAAAAUACCCCAGUUCAGCCAAUUGAGAGCACAACUGUGACCCCAAGGUCACGACCUAAAGGUCAAGCAAUGCCACAGACCAAUUCUCUGAAUUUACCUAUACAAACAUCUGUAGUGCCAAGAAAACGUCCGACACCGACAAACCCAACCCCUCCCGUACAACCAAAUAAAGCAGAGAAAUUACUAGGAUACAGGGUGAUUGUGAGGAUACAGAGUGAUUGUGAAGAUACAGAGAAAUUACUAGGAUACGGGGUGGUUGUGAGGAUACAGAGUGAUUGUGAGGAUACAGAGAAAUUACUACGAUACAGGGUGAUUGAGAGGAUACAGAGUGAUUGUGAAGAUAGAGUGUGA